AUGAGCGUGAGGGAUAGGAAAGCCGGAGAUAGGGAACUCGAGAAGAACCCCGAAAAGUCAGUGGAUGAUGUGGAAGAUAAACUGAAUGAGAAAAUAGUAAAAGAAAAUGAAAACACAAAAAUUGUAGAAAAUAAGGAAGACAACCCAAUGGCGCACAAACCACUACUGGACAGAUUUGAAGAUGGCGUCUUGAAGAAAUUUGCUAUAUUCACAUUCUUUAUGUUCGCUGUCCCAUUCCUCAUAUAUUAUUCUCUUCACAACGCAUUUGGCGAUGUUAUGACUAUAGUCUUAUGCUUGUUUUCGACCAUUGGAAUUCUUUUGUGUUUCAUUAUGGUUGCGUUCAACGAAAAGAUUUAA